AUGUUUUGCGACAUAUGGGAGGCCGGUGACAGCUGGAGGGGCAUAUCAGACCAGGCCCGAAGAAAGAAGCUCCAAAACAAGAUCAAUCAACGUGCUUGGCGGAGACGGAAGAACCAGAAUCACAGCAAACACAGUUCCAGCUACGCCGCGGCAGACAUGUUAACAAGCGUGACCGAGCCGGACAUGGGAACGGCAGACGCUGUCAUCCAUGACAUUAACGACCAUGCAGUGGAUAUAUCUGGGUCAGAUAGCGUCCUCAUGACGUUGCAUGUAGGAUGUGCGCUCAUUAAGUGUCCUCGACGACGGGAGGUCGCCCGUAUCCGUAUCAGGCAGGUCUACGAAGAUUAUUCCCUCCAUUCACCACGGCCCUCAGCCCUACACGUCUUGAUUCGGCUACGGGUCCUCGGUGCUUUGGCCAGUAACGCCGUCAGCAUGGGAUUUCCCCCCGAAGGACUAUGUAGCGACAAUUUCAUAUCGCCGUUUAACUUCCCGGGGCCGCCGCAAUCGACACCGACGGACUUGCUCGCAGCCACCCCGCCCACUCUGCGCCCAACUUCGGUGCAGAAAGCAGUCAUCCACCAUCCCUGGAUCGACCUCUUCCCUUUUCCGCGGUUCCGCGACAACACGCUUCUCGCCAUGGCAGCGGGAAUGGUGGACGACGACGAGCUGUGCAGAGACAUCCUAGAGACAACGGACGAGGACCUUGGCGCGAGACCUUCGCUGAUAGUCUGGGGCGAACCCUGGGACUGUGCCGCAUGGGAAGCCAACGCGGCAUUCUUUCUGAAAUGGGGGUUCCUGGCGCGGGGUUGCCCCGAGCUGCUGGAAACGACUAAUCGGUGGAGAGAAAAGCGUGGCGAAGGGCGGCUGACCUUUGACGUGCAUCGUAGUUGA